AUGUCAUUCAGCUCGGCCAUCGAGACCAUGUGGAACAAAAAAGCUGUCCGAGGUCAUCCGGCUGUUCGAUGGAAAGAGGUCGCAAAGGAAGGGUACGGUGGCGAUCUCGACCUCCUUCAAAUGAAGCUCGUGGGCGAGGCAGCGAUUAACUGCACGGGCUUCAGCAUCUUGGCCAUAAGCUUCGACAGCACAAAGAGCAACACUGUAUUCGGCGACAUCAGCGACCUUGGGAAGGGUCUUGGUAGCAUGGGCCUGCCAGACGAGCGGAUGUCGAGAGGUUACAGUAAGCUACGAGUGACACCAGUCUCCUCAAUAAGAAUGUAUUUGGAACUGUCGUGCAGCCCCGUUCUCCUUUGUUUAAACGUCGACGGCGAUGAACCUCACUUGAAGGCGGUGGCCCAAGAGAAUGACGCAGAUGUUGCAGAGGACGGUGAUGCUCAGCCAGCUGAAGCUUUAGAAACAGCUGAACUGGCCAAACGAGUCGAAGCCGUGGAGCCAGCGAAACCGGUCGAAGCCGCAAAGGCAGCUGGGCCUGUGAAGAUUCCGGUACCAGAAUUCACUGCAACCAAAGCACUCAGCUCUUCUUGA